AUGGAGGGAAUUCUGAGGAAGCUAGAGAAGAUAGAUGGUAGGAUAAAGGAAGAGUGUGGAAAGGUGGGUGAAAGGGUGGAUUGUUUGAGGGAGGAGGGUAAAAAAGAGAGGGAGGAAUUGAGAAAAAUGUGGGAAGAAGAAAAAAAAGAGAUGAAUGCGAGGCUGAAAGGGUUAGAAAAAAGACUGAACAAGCGGGAGGUGGUGAGAGUAGAGAAGGAACAGGGAAUAAGUAGCGGGGGAGGGGAGCAAAGACUAGAAAGAGAGACUGAAAAGAGAAUAACAAAAAUAGAGCAGAGCUUGGAAAGAAAAGAAAGAGAGGCUAGGAGAAAGAAUAUUAUUGUGGAAGGAGUAGGAAUGGAAGUAGGGGAGGUCUGGGAGAGGGAAAUUCAAAGGGUCUGGGAGAAAAUAGGUGUGGUAGGAGGCAGAAAGAUCAUGAGGAAAAUAGGAGCAGUGGAAGAAAGGGAGCUCAUUGAUGCUCGAGCGGCUGCUGAUGCAGCCAUUCAAACCUACAACAAGUUGGCCCGUGGACGUGCCCAAUAUUACUAUCAGCUACCUUUUUCACAGGCCAAUCCAAAUUACUGCCAGCUACCGCCACCACCACCACCAUCACCACCACCGUGCCUGCCAGCUGGAAAUAGAGGAGGGGUGUCGGGUGCAGCUGACAUAAUUGUAGCCGAUAUGCCUCUUCCAAUAACAGAAGCAGGAGCACAAGUAGCAGCGGUAGUCCCACCAGUAGCUCCAGCACCAGUUCCAGCACCAGUACCACCUCCAGUACCAGCACCAGUUCCAGCAGUAGCUCCAUCAGCAGUUGGUACGUUUGAUCCAUGA